AUGAUUUCAAUCACCCCCAAAUCGAUUCUGUUUUUGUGUUUCAAUCUGUUAACCCUAAUUUCCCAAUCUCAAUCUCGAUUUUUAUUUCAUCAAUGUGAAGGCGACAAUUACACAACAAACAGUACUUACCAAACGAAUCUCGGUUCCGUCGUCUCAUCCCUCACCUCCGCCACCAACACCGCCGCUUCCGGUUUCUUCAACGGAUCGGCCGGUGAAUCAUCAGACACAGUCAACGCAAUCGCUUUGUGUAGAGGCGACGUCGAGCUAGAUACCUGCCGGAGCUGCAUAAAUGUUUCAAAUAUUAACGCAACACAGCUUUGCCCUAACCGGAAAGGAGCGACGGUAUGGUACGACGAUUGUAUGUUGAGGUAUACCGGCGAGACGAUUUUAGGAAAUAUGGUCGGUACUGGUGGAAUGAUUUUUUCUGUGGACAAUUUCGCGAACGUUGAGGAGUUAUAUCGUGAUCUGAGACCGUUGAUGGAUCGAUUAAGAACUGAAGCUGCCGGAGGAGAUUCGCACCGGAAAUUCGCCUCCGGCCAGACGCCGGGGCCCGGAUUUAUGACGAUCUAUGGACUUAUGCAGUGUACACCGGAUUUAUCAAAGGAUCAAUGCUAUAAUUGCUUAGAGACUGCAACUAACUCGAUUCCAAAUUGUUGUAAUGCUAGUCUAGAUGUACGAAUUCUGUAUCGUAGUUGCAACCUUCGGUAUUCAAAUUUACGAUUCUAUAACUCUGCUGUGGUUCUUUCACCGCCGCCGGUAAAGGCUUCGCCGGUGCCUGUGCCGGCACCACCACCACCAAAUAGUAAUAACACGACUAUUGUUGCAAUUGUCGUUGCAACCGUUAUUAGUGUUGUGAUAGUGGUUGUGGUUCUCGUUUACAUCUUCAUAAGAAGAAAAAGAAAAUUGGGAAAACGACCUUCAGCAGGUACGAUUCAUCAUCAUGGAGAUACCGAUGAAAUCACCACGAUCAAAUCGUUGCAAUAUAGCUUUGGUGUCAUUCGAGCAGCAACAAAUGACUUCUCGAAGAACAAUAAGCUUGGAGAAGGUGGAUUUGGCGUGGUUUAUAAGGGUACGUUACAAGACGAAAAAGAAAUAGCAGUGAAGAGGUUGUCGAGCGAUUCGGGACAAGGAGAACUAGAAUUCAAGAACGAGGUCUUGUUACUUGCUAGGCUUCAACACCGGAAUUUGGUGCGCCUCCUUGGGUAUAGUCUCGAAGGGCGUGAACGACUUUUGGUGUAUGAGUUUGUACAAAAUGCAAGUCUAGACCAGUUUAUAUUUGAUCCAACGAAGCAUGCAACUCUUGAUUGGGAAAGACGAUACAAAAUAAUCGGGGGUAUUGCAAGGGGACUUCUGUAUCUACAUGAGGAUUCGCGAUUAAAAAUAAUUCAUCGAGAUCUGAAAGCAAGUAACGUUUUGUUGGAUGCCAAAAUGAAUCCCAAAAUUGCAGAUUUUGGUAUGGCAAGAUUGUUCACCCCUGAAGAAUCCCAAGCCAACACUUGUCAAAUUGUCGGAACCUAUGGAUACAUGGCACCGGAGUAUGCAUUGCAUGGACAAUAUUCCGUUAAAUCGGACGUCUUCAGUUUUGGCGUCUUAGUACUCGAAAUCGUAACGGGUCGCAAAAACCAUAGCUUCCAAAACGGAGUCGUGGUAGAGGAUCUUCUUAGCCAUGUAUGGAAACGUUGGAGAAAUGGCACGGCUUCAAGUUUAAUCGAUCCAAGGCUUAGAGGUGGUUCGGUUUCCCAACAUGACAUGAUUAGAUGCAUCCACAUUGGUCUAUUAUGCGUUCAAGAAAAUGAUUACGACAGGCCCACCAUGGGUUCCGUCGUUCUCAUGCUUGGUAGCUCCUCUCUAACCCUUGUAGUCCCUUCAGAACCUGCUUUUUACAUACAUACGAUCACAGGUCCCGAAAACCCCUACUGAAAGAGCGUAUUUCAAAUAAGAGCGAUCCUAACCAUUCGAAAAGUACAUCAAGAUAUGGAC